ACCCCUAGCCUGGGAACUUCCAUAUGAUACAGGGGCAGCCCUAAAAAGAUUGAAAUAAAAUAUAAAAAAAUAAUUAAAAAGAUAUAUUGCCAUCAGGUUACGUAUGUAUAUCAGUUUACCUAAUUUGUGAUCCUGUCCGUAUCCAGGUUAGUAGGUACUUUGUCAUUACUAAUAUUUAUGUAUUUUUCUUUCCCUUUUUUAUUACGGCAUCUUAAGGUUUAUUUUACUGGCCAUUUUGAAAUACCAAUUAAGGUUAUACUCUACUAUUUUUAUAUUAAUUUUAUCUUUUUCUUUUUAGAUACUUUUUCUUUUUUCUUCAUUUGAUGUAAAUUGUCAUUCUUCCCCUUAUUUCCCCAGUUUUAUACUGGAUACAUUUAGAAAUAUAAAGUUUCAAAUACACCUUUGGCUUUGAAAUAUUUAAUUUCAGUUUUAUAUUCCACCUUGAUCCUUAAUUAUUCGAGUUUCUUUAUUCCCAAAUUAUGAGGAUUUUAGUUAUUUUAAAUUUUAUUGUAUUGUCAUAAACUGUAGCCUGCAAAGUGUCUACUUUUCAAAAUUUAUCAAGAUUUUCUUUGGAGACAAGUUACAGAAGUUACAUUGAAUUUUGUUCCAUAGAUAUAAGAGAAAGAGUAUAUUUUCUGUUAGUGUGGUACAAACUUCUCUUUAUGUAUAUUAAAUAGAGCCUGUUGGUAUUUUUUCAAGUCUUUCUAUUUUUGGUCUACUUGAUUCAUCAUUUUCUGAAACAGAUAACAGUAAUCUCUCACUAAUAGUUCACUUUGUGUUUCUAUUUGCUUUUUUGCUAGUGUUAUUUGUGUGUGUUUGGGGGAGAGGCAUACAUCCACCUAAUGUGUUUCCUCAGAUCUCUGUCCCUUUCCCAGAAGAGCCAGAAAUGACCAGGUCCUUGGGAUCAGUGUCUUUCAAGGAUGUAAUUGUAGACUUCAGCAGGGAGGAGUGGCAACAGCUUGACCGUGUUCAGAAAAGCCUAUACAGGAAUGUAAUGCUGGAAAACUAUUUCAACUUGAUCUCAGUGGGAUGUCAGGUUCCCAAACCAGAAGUCAUUUUCAACUUGGAGUGGGGAGAAGAGCCAUGUAUGUUGGGUGGUGAAGUCUCAAGCCUGAGCUGUGUAGAUCAAGUUAUUGGUUUUGAAACAUUACAACAGGGAAAGUCUGAAGAAGAUUUAAUCCGGUUUGAGAGAAUUAAUCUCUUCACAAGAGAUGACCCAUAUUCUAUUUUAGGAGAAUUGUGGCAAGAUGAUAAACAGACAGGGAGAUGUGAGGAAAACCUGAACAGACAUUUAAAUCAUGUCACCUUCAUCAAUGAGAAUACACUAGCUAAUGAGAAAGACUAUGAAUAUAAUAAGGACAUUGGAAAAAUAUUUCAUGUAAACACAUACCUUGUUUCUUCAAGAAAAAGACUCUAUGACUCACUUCAAAAGAGUUUGAAGCCUAUUCUAAGUUUAUGUAAUUAUAAUAGAAAUAAUGCAACAGAAAAUUUUGAUAAGGUUAUUGGAUAUGAUAAUAUUUUCACUCAUGUGAAGUCUCACACAGAAACUCAUGCUUCUGAAUAUAAUCGACGUAAGAAACUUCUGAGUCACAAGCAAGCUCUUAGUCAGCAUCAAAAAAUUCAUACUGGGGGGAACCUCUGUUUAUUUUCUGAUUGUGGAAAACUUUUUACCCAUAAGUCACACCUUUUUGCACAUCAAAGGAUUUAUACUGAAGAGAAACAUGAGUGGAGCAAAUGUGAGACAGUCUUUACUGAGAAGCUCCAACUUGCUGUACCUCCAAAAGUUUAUAGAGAAGAGAAAAACUCUGUAUGUACUGAAUAUGGGAAAGACUUUUCCCUCAACUCAAAUCAUGAGAAAACUCACACUGAGGGGACUGGCUAUAAAUGUAGUGCACAUGAGAAAGCCUUUCUCCAGAAGUCAGAUCUGUUCAGACACCAGAGAAUUCAUAUUGGAGGGAAAAAACCGUAUGAUUACAAUGAAUGUGAGACAAAUGUCUCUCAGAAUUCAAACCUCAGUGUACAUAAAAAAGUUCAUAUUGGAGAGAAACACUUUGAAUGUACUGAAUGUGGAAAAGCUUUCACAAGGAAAUCAACACUAAGUAUGCAUCAGAAAAUUCACACAGGAGAAAAACCCUAUGUAUGUACCGAAUGUGGGAAAGCCUUCAUCCGGAAGUCACAUUUUAUUACACAUGAGAGAAUUCAUACUGGAGAGAAACCUUAUGCAUGCAGUGACUGUGGGAAGUCCUUUAUAAAGAAAUCACAACUCCAUGUGCAUCGACGAAUUCACACAGGAGAGAAUCCCUUUAUAUGUACUGAAUGUGGGAAAGUCUUUGCCCAUAAGACAAAUCUGAUUAUACAUGAGAAAAUUCAUACUGGUGAGAGACCCUAUAUAUGUACUGAAUGUGGGAAGGCCUUUACUGACAGGUCAAAUCUCAUUAAACACCAAAAAAUUCAUACUGGAGAGAAACCCUAUAAAUGCAAUGACUGUGGAAAAUCAUUCACCUGGAAGUCACGGCUCAGGAUACAUCAGAAAUGUCAUACUGGAGAGAGACAUUAUGAAUGCAGCGAAUGUGGGAAAGCAUUUAUUCAGAAGUCAACACUGAGUAUGCACCAGAGAAUUCAUAGAGGAGAAAAACCCUAUGUUUGUACUGAAUGUGGGAAGGCCUUCUUCCACAAGUCACAUUUUAUUACACAUGAGAGAAUUCACACUGGAGAGAAGCCUUAUGAAUGCAGUGAUUGUGGGAAAUCUUUUACUAAGAAGUCACAACUUCAUGUACAUCAGCAAAUUCACACAGGAGAGAAGCCCUACAGAUGUGCUGAAUGUGGAAAGGCUUUCACUGACAGAUCAAAUCUUUUUACACACCAGAAAAUUCAUACUGGUGAGAAACCCUAUAAAUGUAGUGACUGUGGAAAAGCCUUCACUCGAAAGUCAGGCCUCCAUAUACAUCAGCAGUCUCACACUGGAGAAAGACAUUAUGAGUGCAGUGAAUGUGGGAAAGCCUUUGCAAGAAAAUCAACACUAAUUAUGCAUCAGAGAAUUCAUACAGGUGAGAAACCUUAUAUUUGCACUGAAUGUGGGAAGUCCUUCAUCCAGAAGUCACACUUAAAUCGACAUCAGAGAAUUCAUACUGGAGAGAAACCCUAUGAAUGUGGUGACUGUGGGAGGGCCUUUAUUAAGAAGUCACAACUCCAUGAACAUCAUCGAAUUCACACAGGAGAGAAACCAUAUAUGUGUACUGAAUGUGGAAAGGCCUUCACCAUCAGAUCAAAUCUUAUUAAACACCAGAAAAUUCAUACUAAGCAGAAACCGUAUAAAUGCAGUGACUUCAGGAAAGCCUUCAACUGGAAGCCACAACUCAGUAUACAUCAGAAAUCAAAUACUGGGGAAGUAGACUGUCCAAUACCACAAUCAUGGCAUGGGGAUACAAAGUUGUGAGAAGCUAUAGCUUAACUAAGAAGCAAGAGGUAACCAAAGUCAGCUUUUCUCUAUGUAGUAAGAAGUAUGACUAUCUGGAUUGCAUAGUUGAUUCCAGUUUUACACAUAUGGGGAGACACUUGGAGAAAGUGUUUAAACAGUGAAUAAUGGCCAUGCUUAGUUACUUGACCGAUACUGGGAUUUUCCAGCCCCUGCAAAUAAUAGUACAUUUGCAAGGAGAUGAUUUGGCAAUCUUUUUUGUUUCACAUUUUGGAGAGCCAGCUUUAUAAAUGCAGGGCUGUUGAAUUUUCCAUGCCCUGAGUAGCAAAAAUAUUCUAUAUUGACCAAAGGAAUUUCUUAAUGAAGAGAGUUCUAAGAAAAUUUUUCAUUGUCCAAGCACCUGAGGGACACUGAAAUCAAGGCAGUUGUGUAGGCACUUCAGGUCUAUAGUGAAGAGAAAAUAGACAUUUUUGUGAAAAUUGAUAUAAAAGACACAAAGAAGAAUGCUUCUUUUUUCCUUUUCUUUGAGAAGUCACUAUUAUUUACUGUUUAUAAUAUCUAUUAGUGGGUAGAAACUUGGAUUAAUAAAUUUUAAAUUUACAGCUUGACUUUGAGAUUGGCAAAUCACAACCAUAGACUUGCCUGAAUAGUCACAGGCAUCUUUAGGUAACCAGUAUGUUCCCUUGUUUACUAAUUCCCUGCUGUGGCAGCAGGUAACUCAUGCCCAAAAGGUAUAAGGCGAUCCUAGCCUGUAUCCUAAAAGUGAUCAAUGAUGUAAGCAGCAGCCCUAUAGACUACUUGUCAUACUAGAAUUGGUCCUGAGAUCAUGGAACUUAGCCACGAGUUACAGACUUAGUACUCUGGAUUCUCAGCCUUUUCCACAGAAACCUCUGCUUUUUACUGAUUUCUGUUUGAAAAAGAGACAAGUGGAAGAAUUUUUUUUUUUUUUUUUUUGCUUUUUAGGGCCACACUUGCAGCAUAUGGAGGUUCCCAGGCUAGGGGUUGAAUUGGAGCUACAGCUGCCAGGCUAUGCCACUGCCACAGCAAUGCAUCUGUGACUUAUAGCACAGCUCAAUGCAAUGCUGGAUCUUUAAUCCCCUGUGCAAGGCCAUGGAUCAAAUCCGCAACCUCAGGGUUACUAGUUAGUUUCAUUUCCACUGUGCCACAACAGGAACUCUGAGAAAAUGGGUUUUAAAAACUAGAAUUCUUUCCUUCCAAUUUUGUUAAUACAUUCUCUACAUAUUUAUUACAUGCAAGGUUACUAUGAGGCAGUUGUCUUGCAUUUGAGCUUGUUUUAGAAAAUAUAGUUGCACACUUGGAAGAGUCUCUCAAUCUCUACAAAUUUUAAUUGUGUUUUCAAAUCCUCUUACUCUUAGACUAUUUUUUUUUGUCUUUUAUUCUAUCAGAUACUGAAAUAAAUGUGUUCCAAUCUUUCAGAAUAAUUGUGAAUUUAUCUCUUUUAGAGCUACCAAUUUUUGUUUUAUAUAGUUUGUCUUUGUUUUUACAUACAUUCAAAUUUAGAAUUGUUACAUUCUUUCUGGUUAAUUGAAACAGUCGUUUUGAAAUGUCCCCUUUUAUCUCUAGUUUUUUUUUUUUUUUUUGUCUUUUUGCUAUUUCUUGGGCUGCUCCCGUGGCAUAUGGAGGUUCCCAGGCCAGGGGUUGAAUCGGAGCUGUAGCCGCCGGCCUACGCCAGAGCCACAGCAAUGCAGGAUCUGAGCUGCGUCUGCAACCUACACCACAGCUCAUGGCAACGCCGUAUCAUCAACCCACUGAGCAAGGGCAGGGAUCGAACCUAUAACCUCAUGGUUCCUAGUCGGAUUCUUUAACCACUGCGCCAUGAUGGGAAUUCCAUUUUUUUUUUCUCUAGUGUUGUUUUUGGUUCAAAAUUUACUUUGUAAGGUAUAUUAAUAUAAUGUGCAUACUUUACUUAUUAAAAGUUAAUGUAAACUAGUACUUACACUACUUUCUGGGUAAGGUGAAGAGUUAGAACAUUAACUUUGUGUAUAUCCUUCUUGACUUAUAUGGUAUUGAUGUCAUGUAUUUUUAAUUCUGUGCAUAGUUGACAUGCUCCGUUAUAACUGUUUCAGGAUCAAUAUUCAUUUAUAUUAUUCCACAUAUUUACCUUUUUUGUUACCUUUUCCUUCUUGUCCUUUAAGUUUCCUUCUAGGAUUUUUUUUUCUGACUGAAGAGCACUUGUUAGCGUUUCUUUUUGUAUAUGUUUGUUAGUGACAAUUUCUAGUUUUGUUUGUUGGAAAAUGUCUUUAUUUUGCCUUUUUUUUUCUUUGCCACUCCAGUGGCUUGGGAAAGUUUCCAGGCCAGAGAGUGAAUCUGCACCACAGCAGUAACAACACCAGCUCCUUAACCCAUCGAGCCACCAGGGAGCUUCUUUGCCUUCAUUUUUAAAGGGUAUUUUUACUGAGUAUAGCAUUCUAAGUUGGCAGGCAGUUACUUUCUACUAGAAUUUUGAGGUAUUUUGUUAUAAUUUAUCUUUCUUUUUUUAUUGAAAAGUAGCAAUCUAGUUACCUUUGAAGGUAAUGUGGUUUUUAGAAUUCUUUUCUCUUUUAAAAUCUAUGUCUUUGUCUUAGGCUGUCAGCAGUUGGACAGUGAUAUGCUUGGAUAUGAUAAUCCAUGUAUUUAUCCUGCUCAGGAUUUGCAGUGUUUUUUAAAAUCUGCAGCUUAAUGGGCUUUUUGUUUUUGCACAUUUGAGGAAAUUUCUAGUUACUAUUUAUUCAGAUUAUGCAUUUGCUUCAUUAUCUUCCUCUCCUUCUCCUAGUGAUGGCCCCAUUGUUAACUUUUCUGUUGGUUGUUUCUCUUGGGUUUUGGGGAUGUCUUGUCUUCAUAUACCUGGUGCUUAUAAAUCAACCGUCUAGGCACUGUGUAUUAAAAAUUGUAGGUAUAAUUAGGUGCUCUGGAUGCUGUCAUCCUUCAGAGAGGACUUGCCUUUGCAUUUAACAGGCUAGGAACAAGAGUGAUCCCUGAUUGCUUCAUCCAAUCAUGUAUUGAGAUCAUUUGCAAUUGGGUUUCAGUCUCUAUGAAGGAUUGCCUAUUUUGUUAAUUUUUUUUUUUUGGAGUUCUUGUUGUGGUGCAGUGGAAACGAAUCUGACUAGGAACCAUGAGCUUGUGGGUUCAAUCCAUGGCCUCACUCAGUGGGUUAAGG